AUGAAGACUCUUUCCGUGCCAGAGAAGGACGAGCAGCCUCUGAGUUUGGUUGCCAGGGGAGAGGAGGGCCAGACAGACUCUUUGCAGGUGCAUUGCAUUUGGACUGUGCAGAGAGUGACUGUCACAAGGGCCGACCACAGACUUCAUGGGGGAGAGUCGUCAGAGAAAGGAUGGAAGCUGAGCUGCUCAGAAGCAUCCCAGUUUGAUAACGGCCAAUUCCCUUGGUUCCGCGCUGCUUACAAAACCCCGGACUACCACACGCCUCUUCCGAAACGUGUGGAGUCACCGACUGCCUCUUUUCACCAGACCGUGGAGUACUUCUCACUCCAUGCACCCCAGAUCUGCCUGCCGCUAAUCCGGUGCGCCAGCCAACCGGCGGGCGUCUGUAGUGCAGCGGCUGGUUUCCCACCUGCGAGCACCCCUGGUUGUGUUUGUGCAGACACCUGGUCAAGCCUGAAGCACCGCCACCGGGAAUCGAACCCACGUCUCCGCGGCGAUGGGCUAACGUCGCUCUCCGCCGUGCUUCGAAGACCUCAGGAGCGACUACAAAUCGUCCAAAUAAAAAUUCGCUUUCGUUCCAUGCCCGCUCUGCGACCCAGGAGCUUUUUGGGGUGUCGUGUAUGGAUUCUGCUCACCGUUAUCCACCUCACCACGAAUUACUCCUUGUGCGCACCUGUGGGUCAGGGGUUGGCACUCAAGCUGGUGCCCAGACCGGUGCCACGCCUCCGGUCUGGCUCUGUGCCUAACAGAGAUGCGCCCAGCUCACAGCAUUGGAGGACUCUGGGUACCUUACACCGUAGCGUCACACAUCCUGUCCCGUUGCCAGGCAAGGUGGUUAAGGGUCUGAAACUCAGAGGGCAGAGGCUCAGACGGCCAUUGCAGAAACGGCACCUUUGCCCGGAAUGCCAGGCCAAGUACUCUUCCAGUGACGGGGACCUGAUAGCUUUCCUGGAGGAGAGCAAAGUGGACGCCGUAAGGUCUUUGUCGCGCCCCAGGAGACAGUUGAAAUGGGACGGAUAUGACAGCUCACAGGACAGCAGGACCACUACCGUGGAGGGAUAUAUCGACUGGGGACCAACAGGGGACGAGGACGAGGGCGAGGAUGAGGUUAAGAUAGUCCCCAACACCACUAUGUCCACGAAGGCCUUGACUACAACUGUAGCUAGCAUUACUACUACCACCGCCACACGGAGCCCUGGGAACCCCCAAAGGACGUACGCUGUGGUAACCACCAUGCACCCCCGGAGGCUGAGCACAACCCAGCCGAGUGUGAGCUUUGGGGUGACCGUCAAACCACCAAAGCCAAUGGGGGACACACCCGGGCUAGCUGUUCACCAGAUUAUCACCAUCACUGUGUCCCUGAUAAUGGUCAUAGCCGCCUUGAUAACUACACUAGUCCUUAAAAACUGCUGUGCGCAGUCUGGCAAUGGCCGCCACAGUAGCCAUCAGCGGAAGAUCAACCAGCAGGAGGAGAGCUGCCAAAACCUGACGGAUUUCACACCGGCACGCGUGCCAAGCAAGAUGGACAUCUUCAGCGCCUACAACGACAGUUUACAGUGCUCGCACGAGUGUGUCCGGCCCGCUGUCUCUGUCUACACAGACGAGAUGAUCCAGCACACUCCAAUGUAUAAGACCGCUUACAAUGGAAAUAGACCAUCGCCCACAGAAAGGCAGCUAAUCCCAGUGGCCUUUGUGUCCGAUAAAUGGUUUGAGAUCUCCUGCUGA